AUGUUUGAUGCAGUUGAUGAGCUGUCCGAUGCAAGUGAGAAGGACUCUGCACAUGUCACUCCUGCUAGGGUUCCUUUAAAGCAACCUGGCUCGUCGACUGUCAAGCAUGUGAAACCUCUUCUGGGAAAGCGGUUGUUCACACAGACUCUGCCUUCGUCGAAGCCACUGGCAUGCAAGGCGCUCCUGAGAUCGGACUUGAUCAGCAGGACUAGGGCCAUCGUUCACAGCAAGUGCCGGUGUGCAAGGCGCUCCCAAUCACGCAAUUGCUUUGAACCGUUCAGAUGUCCCAAUCGCUUCACAGAAUUGGUCAAUCAUCUUCGGUACUUGGCAAAGAUGGACAAGAUGGAAGUUGAUAAGGAGGUAUGGUCAGCACUGCGGGCAUCUCAUGAUGGAUCAAAGAUUGCAAGGUUGAGCUUGCUGAGUCGUCCUGUGUGUCAGAAUGCCUUCAAGCGCUUACUUCGUUUGGGGUCAGCAAGGAUGGUGCGUUUGAUCACUUCAGUUCGCGCUGGAGAUGCCUCAUGCCCCAUGGACAUGCGAUAUGUUCCCAAGAAGUUUGGUCCCACCAUGCACUCAUCGAAACGGCAGCUUGUUCACGACUUUUUGCGUGAACUACAUCAGAGCCUGGCUGAACCUAUGCCAGAGGGGACUGGUGCUUCCAAACGACCCAGAAACUUCAAGAAGCGAGACGACAAGCAGAUGAUGCAUCGAACCAACCUGAUUGAGAAAGCACUGCCACCAGGAUCUUUCCACGAAUAUUUGUCCAUGCUCCGGAGACGCUACCCACAGCAAACGUUCAGCUAUAAGCUCUUCACUAGCGUGCUAGUUUGGGAGCACAACUUUGGGGACUUGUUGAAGCUUAGGUCGGCCUCUGCACACGUCAAAUGCAGCAUAUGCGUGCGUUACAAACUUAUGGUAAGAAAGCUUGCCCGUUGUAGCGUUGCUCGCGAGAGACAAGUCAAGUUGCUUGAAAUGCACAGGGAGAAGCAGUACCUGGAUCGUGUCACCUACUGGCACUCCCGGAACAUCGCCAGGGGCUUUUCGGGGAACGCUACACCUGAGACUGUGGUCAUGAUCUGUGAUUCAAUGGACUGCGCCAAGUACACUUGGCCCAGGGACCAGGCCCUUUACGCCAAGGAAUACAACCGCUUCAUUGCUCCCAAACUCACGGCGACAGCUAUCAUCGCACAUGGACAUGACGUAUUUCUUGCCCUUUCAUUGCCAGGUGUGCCCGCUGAUAGCAGUCGGACCAUCGACAUAGUGGCCAGGACACUUGAGAGGUUCCGGGAGCGUGGCACUGAUUUACGCAACACAGAGAUACUGAUCCAGGGCGACAACGGGCCCAAAGAAAUUAAGAACAAUGGCCUCGUCAGGUAUCUGUCGCUUUUGGUGGCACACCAAAAGAUUAGGAGGGCUGAGAUCAGGACGUUGAUGACAGGGCACACACACGAGGACAUAGACAGUUUGUUCUCAAACUUGUCUUCAGUCCUCAAACAGGGUGGACAGUGUUUGCACACGCCCCAUGACUAUGUCCGAUGUCUUCGAGACUACCUGCAACGCCCUGACGUGCGUCCAACAGAGGCCCACUCCGAUGUCCAACUUGUAGACCAAGUACGUGACUGGUUGCUCAGUGAUCGCAUUGGUAAUUUUUUGUGA